UGCUUUUUAUUUUUAAGAAGUUUGUCCCUCUAGCUGCCAACUUUAAUGGCUGCGUAUUGAUUAAAGAUAUUAAUUCAUAAUCCAACCUUAUCGUGAAAAUCCGCUUAUAGUUUAUAACGAAACUUCUCCUGAUAAUUUAAAAUAACCAUGGCGGAUAAGGGAGAAGAACCGAUCAAGAAGAAAAGGGCGUUCAGGAAGUUUACCUACCGCGGCGUGGACCUGGACCAACUUCUCGAUAUGCCCAACGAGCAACUGAUGGAGCUUAUGCACUGCCGAGCCCGGAGGCGCUUCAGCCGCGGCCUGAAACGAAAACCGAUGGCUCUCGUUAAGAAACUGCGCAAAGCGAAGAAGGAGGCCCCUCCAUUGGAAAAGCCUGAAAUUGUAAAAACUCAUCUGCGGAACAUGAUCAUAGUUCCCGAGAUGGUAGGCUCUAUCGUUGGUGUCUACAAUGGCAAGGCUUUUACUCAGGUCGAGAUCAAGCCCGAAAUGAUCGGCCAUUACCUAGGAGAGUUUUCACUGACAUACAAACCCGUCAAACACGGCAGACCUGGUAUCGGCGCUACCCACAGUUCCCGGUUCAUCCCUCUGAAGUAGUUUAAUUUUGUAAGGUUAUGUUUCAAUAAAUACGUUUUGGAAGGAU